AUGCCUUCUUCCUCAAGCUUCACCGCCAGCGAGAAGGCUAUCAUCAAACAUGUACUGCCCUCGGAUCACAAUAAGAUUCUGGCCGCUGGCCUAUGUCGGAUCUAUUACGCCUACCCGGACCCCAACAAAUGGUCUUAUACAGGUCUUUCAGGAGCCCUGGUCUUCGGACGCCCAAGCUCAGGUAUUGCCGGAAGCUUCUGGUUCAAAUUGAUCGACCUCUCUGGAACUCGAGGCACGAUCUGGGAACAUGAAGUCUACGAAGAUGGCCCUGGUAGACCUGGUCAUGGUCAUUUUGGGUAUCAUCAAGAGCGCACGUUUUGGCACACUUUUCAGGGUGAUGACUGUAUGAUUGCUUUCGUCUUUGUCAAUGAGGAUGAGGCUUCAGCGAUACAUAAAAAGGUCAUCAACAGAUCAAAGUACACCAGCAAAAGCGCGGCCAAAGUCAAGCCUGUCGAAGCACCAUUGCCAGCGGCUCCUACUCCUGUUCUUGCACCCAGUGGGAAGAAAAAGGGAGCGAUAGAUAAAAGUAUGAUUAGUGCACCCACUGACUUCAAGCGGGUAGCUCACAUGGGAUACGACUCCAACGCGGGCUUCACAGCAGAAAAUGUGGAUCCUUCAUGGGCACAACUUCUAACAAAUCUGACGAACAUGGGAUUCAGUAAAGACGAGAUAAACAAUAGUGAAUCAUUUAUCAAAGACUAUGUCAACCAAGCCGGGGGGAUCGAUCAAGUUCUAAGCUCACAUAACAACACAUCGGCGUCGCCCCCGACAAGAGUGCCACCGCCUCCGGCGAAUCCGAUCACUUCCAAGCGAGUCAAGCCCCCAGCACCACCAGCUCCAACCCGUCGCACGGGGACGUCGAAUGAAAAUCACAACCCAGCUACUCCUGCGCCUUCCGCGAGAGUUCCCUCGGCUCCCUCCCGAGCUCCACCUAUCGCCGCUGCUCCCUCCCGACCUCCUCCGACCAUGCCUGUCACUCCUGCCCCAUCUGCCCCCGUCAGCAACCCUCCUGCCCCUCCGACCGCCCCUCCUCCUCCAACUCCUCAUGGGGCGUCCGCACACCCCUCAGACUCCGCUAAUCCGCUCUCCCAAUCCACGCGAUCUAUCGGCUCUGCUGAGGACCAUGACGGUGGAGGCGGCGGUGGUAACCUGGCCGCCUCGUUGGCCGCGGCUCUUAAUAAGCGAAAAGGCACUAUGGGCGAGGAUAGUGAGGAAGAAGCCGAGAGCGACGAUGAAUGGGAUUAA